CGUGCCAGAGCCCAGAGGGAGACUUGCUGAGUCAUCAGCAUGAGGUCACUCGAUGCUCAUUCUGAUGUCUGGGGGGGAUUUGAGCAAGGGGCCUGGGGUCUAAGGGGCCGGGAGAUAGGCGCAGGAGGGAAACUGGGGAAGGGCCCAGGCCCAGGGACUGGGGCACCGGUUCAAGUUUGGGCUGGCAUGCGAGUUGAAGGAGGAGUGGGUGAGGAGACGGUGGAGGGGCCUCGCGGUAGGUUUUCUUCCCCCGGCAGAAUGUGAAGCCCCUGGCCUGCCCAUCCCCUCCCCUCCCAGGCAUUCUCUUCUCAGGCAGCUGGUCCCUGACCAGCGUCUGGGACAGUUCCCCAAACUGGGAAAUAGUUCUCUGAGUGAGAGGAGGGGAGGAGCUUAGGGGGGCCGUGCUUGCCAGGCUGGGAAGCAGGCUUUCCCUGUGACUGGUCUGGUUGGCUAGGCUGGGCAGCCCCUGGGCGGGGAAGAAAGAGAGGAAUACACCCUGGCCAGAGAGGGAGUCAGUGGGAGAAAGAGGGGUGCCUUUACUCAAGUCCUGGAGGGCAGUGGACAGGGCAGGGACAAGCAGGUGCAGCUGUACCAGGAAACUGCCAAUGAGAGGAAGCGGCAGGACUUUGACAUCUGGGGAGUGAGGUGUCUGAGUGCCUGCGUGCUGUGCCCCCGGGUUAUGACGACCCCCAAUAAAGGAAACAAGGCCUUGAAGGUGAAGCGGGAGCCAGGCGAGAAUGGCACCAGCCUGACCGAUGAGGAGCUGGUGACCAUGUCGGUGCGGGAGCUGAACCAGCACCUGCGGGGCCUGUCCAAGGAGGAGAUCAUCCAGCUGAAGCAGCGCCGGCGCACGCUCAAGAACCGCGGCUACGCCGCCAGCUGCCGCGUGAAGCGGGUGACCCAGAAGGAGGAGCUGGAGAAGCAGAAGGCGGAGCUGCAGCAGGAGGUGGAGAAGCUGGCCUCGGAGAACGCCAGCAUGAAGCUGGAGCUCGACGCGCUGCGCUCCAAGUACGAGGCCCUGCAGAACUUCGCCAGGACGGUGGCCCGCAGUCCCGUGGCACCGGCCCGGGGCCCCCUCGCGGCCGGCUUGGGGCCCCUCGUCCCUGGCAAGGUGGCUGCCACCAGCGUCAUCACGAUAGUAAAGUCCAAGACGGACGCCCGAUCGUAGGGACGCGCGCUUGCCCGGGCGGGUCUGCAAGGGGCCAUUAGGCGCAUGGCGAGUUUGGCAGCCCUGUCCCCUUCUUCCUCCUCUCCUCCUCUUCCUCUCCUGCCUCCUCCCUUCCCUGCAAAGCACAACCUGCACCCUGGGGCGCCGGGCUGAGCCCCUUUGAUCUCGUCGUUGUCAUCGUGUGUUUUGUACGUUGGGAUUGGUCAGUUCGGCGGUGACGUGGGGUUGCCUCGGCCCCCUUUGUACCAAGGCCGUGCAGGCUUGGAGUCCAGAGUUGGCCCUGUGGCAACAGAGAAAGAUCGGAUGAGCUCUCUGGGGCUCGCGGUUCUGAGUAGGGAGGGCUGCUGUCCGCUCCUGGGUGGCCCACAGGCCCCGACAGCUGCUGCCUGGCAGGGGGCUGUGAUUCACUCUCAACGCGGCCAGCAGGCAUAGAUGGGCUCUGCUCCUAAGAGUAGGGUGUCCUUGGGGGCCCUGGAUGGGCCUGGAUGGGCGGGCCACCAGCCUGGGCGCUACGGCCGCUGGGAGGGACGGGGCGUUAUGUGGCUUCGGGCCAGGGCCCACGGCGCUCAAGCCUGACGCAUUGCACUGAACAAGACCAAAUCACUGGUUGUGAACAUU